AUGCGCGCGCUUCGAGCUCUGCUUGCACUCGCUAAGUUAGGUAUGUUAUCGAAUAUUGUUUUACUAAGUUAACCAUACGGUAUCAAUGAAGUGGGGUUGCAGAACCAAGCCUCGCCUAAAAUUGAAAUUCGCGGCAUAUGCACACCCUCAACAAAAUUAGCAAAAUGGAGCACCAUUCGGGUUUUGAGUAGGUACCAGCCGCUGAACGGCUACUUAGACUGGCGCAGGUAAGAAUGGGAACUCCUCUCUCCAGGGGCGGAGGGGGUUGAGGAAGAGACUAGUCUUUGGAUUAGGGCAGGGGAGUAGUUGUCAGUCCUGGAACUUGGCGCAAGGGAACCCUUAACACGGUGGGAGUUCCCACCCCCGUGUCCUAUGUUUUCUGAAUCGUCGCAGCGACUGUUUUCAUUCGUUCCGUAACUAUUCAGUUUGGUAAGAACGAUCGGUGAGCGCCCCCUACAAUUGUAUAUUCUCGAUCGAAACCGACAGGACAGCGGGCCCCUGGCCCAGUGGUUAGAGGCUUUGGAUUUCUAACUAACAGGUCGGGAGUUCGAGCCCCAGAUGUUCCACACUUCGCGGUUGGGUAUGACUGGCUGACGACGGCUAAUAAGCCAGAAAUGGCCAUUCCAGUCUCCCUUGCCUUUGUCGGUAAUACCAUUCCGCCUAAAUCAUGCGCCGCUGUUCGGCUGCCGGCUGGGCUCGAGAGAGAGAGAGCCCGCAAGGCACAACGGAACGAGUGAGUUCCGGAAGAACGAUCGGUGAGCGCUCCUACCACUGUAAUACCUGAUCUAUAGGAUUCUUGUCUGGGAAUCUGCUGAACCAAGCGAAUCGACUGUGUCCGUUGGAUCGCUCUUUAUAUGGGAUAGAGGUAUCACAGCAAAAAAUAUAACAAACAAGCCUGUUUUUCUCUGAUAAGAAAUAACUAGCGGAGAUUUCUGGUUCACCUGAAUAUCUUACUUAGGUCGUGUGUGCUUGAUGGCGAUGGGAUGUUCCUGACUGAAAUGACCUAUAAUUGAGCCUGCGUCCCACCUCUGUGUGGAACAGUCGUUGCAACGGCUCCGGAAGCAUAGUUUUGGAAGACAUAGUCGCAGAAGGCAAUACACCGUGGGAAGCGGCUGUGCGUGCCUCUUCCACUGACCUAUGCCGUAAGGCCACCACCUGUACUACGGAAACUAUUAUUUUUACCAGGGAAAAAACGGAUUUUUGGACUAUGUAGGAGAGAAAAGGAAGUAUUCGCGCCUCAUGCUCAGUGCAAUGCGCACUAGACGGCUACAUGGGGACACACACAACCGUCCCAUCCGCGAGUUUUGUAGAAGAAUCAUGUGCGCCCGCGAUUAGGGAGAUACACACAGCCCAUUGGUUGAAAACUGGAAUGGGAAGGCAUCCCGUAGGGAGUGAGAUGCAUGCGACGGCUCUCCGCCCGACGGGCUCACAGAUGAAGCACAUAUCACCCAUAGGGCACCUUCAACCUCUAGCCAGAGAAGUCCUUACACAACCACCUCGAAACCGUACACUCGUCUGCAGUCUCUUUUGACCCCCGAGGCAAUAAGGUUCUAUAAGUAGGCCGGACGGGCAGCCAAGGCAGGGUCACGCGUAGAUGCCUUCAGGCCGAGGUGGACACCAGAGUGUAGCGAUCCGGUGCGGCAGGUGAUCACAGUGAGAGCCCCUGGUGCCAAAAUACCAGCGACGCCGCAGCCCGGCUGUCAAAUCGUGAAAAUCCGUGACGAGCGGGACACCACCCAGAUGAGACUGUGUCACGCCACAAGGAGCGCUGACCCACGGAAUUAACUACACUAACCCCCCAUAUCGAGUGUGCCAGCUCACAUCGCCGCGAGGUACAAAGGCCGUCACCACGCCGGAGAACUAUUGUGGGCCAGGCAGCACAAACAAGACCUAGCCACGGACGUAGUCCCCUCUCCCCUCACGGCACAACCAUAAAAAUGUUCACACGUUGCUGCACUCUAACAGUCUCUUUUUGAUGAUGAACUCUUGUUCGAGUUCGGAAGCUAAGGCCAGUAAAUUUGCCGUCGCAGUGAUCUUGCCUUCGUCUUAAAUAAAAAAAACAGUUUAUAAGACGACCAUCAAACGGAAAUGCCUAUUCCUAUCCCGCAAUCAUGAUUUGUCAAGGGCCACUCUGAUCCACUUCCCCCAGACCGUCAAUUUACAACUACGAGUAACAAGCCUAGUGACACGGGAAUAGGAAUAGCCCACACAACGGCUGCACAACCCCUCCCCCCUAGCAGUACCAAGGCCUUGAGUUUGCUAGCACACGCUCAGGAGGCGUAGGCAGACGAGGAACCCGCUCACCACUGGGCUGAAGGUAUGCGUCAGCCAACCAAAAUCAUGCUUAUUCGUUUGAACCAAUGGCCGGUCUCAGAAUGCCCUCGAGGGCUAAUUGGCAGAACUUUUGUCCAACGGGAAAGCGAAUGAGCCCUCUGCGAAGACAAAUCACCAUGACAGGCAGCCGGCUGGGCUGAUUGGUCCAGAACAUCUAAACCACUAGGCAGGACCUCGUGGACCACAUUAUUGGCUGCAGACGAGACAGCAGAUGCGGAUUCGACAAUGAAUUCCGUACAUAAGCUCGAGUGUCCGCGGCUAACCAACACUCCGCGUGCCUUGGUCGCUUCUUGGUGAGUCGGUUGGCGUUGGUGUAUCUAGCUUACCCGUGUCCGUUGACUUCCCCUAGUUUGCCAGUCCCGUACACUCUCAAUGCCCGUGGGCUGGCCGCCACCGCCCUGUCACCGGGGUUUUCGUCCUUGGCGCCACCCUAGGGUUGUGGUGCGGCUGGCUUAUCCCGCGAGGUCAUCCUUUUUUGCUCGGCACUCCGGUGCCCCUUUUGCCUGUAUGCGGCCGACUAACGUUCCGUGUCCAUUACUUUCAGUUACGCUCCUCUCCAAAACCAACAAUGAGGUAAUUCCCCGACCUGUCCCCCUUUGCUCGUCUUGCCGUUCAUUCCCCUGCCACAUCCCCCGCCCCCACCCGUGAGACUUCUCACCCGUGCCGGCUCUUUCUCCUUCACAGCUUCCCAGACGCCGUCCGCAAGGUCUUCGACAGCCUCGACACGGACAAGUCAGGCAAGAUCAGUGUGGCCGAGUUGAAGAAGGCCCUCGAGGGCGAGUGCGGACACGCGCUCAAGGAAGAGGACGUGAAGGCCUUCGUUGCCCGCCUGGACAAGAACAAGGACGGCGAGUUAAGCAUCGACGAGCUCAAUGCACUCUUCGAGUAA